CUUUCACUCAGCCUGAAGUAAUUCAAAUUUAUUUUUCGUAACCGUUUACGACCAACACAUAUUUAUCGUACAUUUAAAUAUAAAGCUGUGACUCCAGUAACGCGCCUCGCCUCCUUAAACAUUUUUAUGGAAACUGCUGAAAAUUGUUAACAAAAAUAAGUAACUACGUCUGUGCAACUUUUGAAUCAACUUCAAGGGGUGUGUGUUACUGUGAAGCUACAUUGAUACUUACUAGGCUGGCUUUAAAAAUAAUGGAUUUAUGUGUGAUUCUGCAACACCGCUACUUUUUUUUUUACUGGACUGACAGUUUGCAUAUUUAAAAAAAUAAAAUCACCAGGGUUUUUCCCCAAAACUGCAAAACUAGGCUAAGAUACUUCUUGAGCGUUCUUAACGGGACGUACACGGGCGGCUACCCCAUUUGAGUUGCCUGUGUGGAAAUGUAACGAUUCACGUCUUCACAGAACGCUGUGUGCUCGUGUGUUCACAGUCCAUUAUGCGAUUUUACGAACCGCUGAACGCUUGGGUUGUUAACAGGGUGAAACAAAGUAGGUUGAAAAGAGUGGACUGGCGCUGUGUAUGUGUUAUUUUUUUUUCUCUCGUUACAUUUUGGACAGGUUCUUCACUCUGCGCAAUUUAACAGACAGAGCCCGACGAUGUGUUUUUAUUAUCAUUCUCCUUGGCGAAAUCAAGUGGAUUUAUAAACAUUUCUCCAUCUUCUGCAGUGAUGGGCAUGGACAGUUUUAACCGACACAAGAAAGGCGUUUGUUGAAUUAAAAUAAAAAAGGAACUAAGGAAAUCACUAUUCUUUAUAUAAAGCAUGUUUUAAAAUGGGACGAGGACAGGAAUGAGAAAUGACCCGUGGGACAUGCUGGUUAUGUGCUCCAGAUCAGGACUAGAAGGGGAAUCUGGAAGCCUGAACACACACGCUGGCUUGGUCAGAUUUCAAUGUCUCUGUAGCCUACCUCCAAUAUCUCCUUGCGUGGACUUUUCGCACAGCUUCAGAGGUUCCAAAAAAAGGGAGGGUUGUACUACACUAACAGUGCUCCCCUCUACAGAAAUGUGUUUCAUUUUAUAGCGCUGAGAUAAUGUACGUAUGAUAAGGAACGGCUCCAGCCUGGAUUAGAAUUCUCUUUUUUUUUCUUUUUAAUGUUCAGCUCCCCAUCAAAGCAGUAUUGACUUUCUCAGCCGCAGGACUCUGGAGUAAGAGUAUAGACACCUUGUGCAGUGUCCUCCACAGCGGUCCAGCUGCCUGUCUGUCGGGAUGUCCCAAAGCGAGCUGAUCGAGCUGAAGGAGAUGUCCCUGGAGGAUCGUAUAGAACUCACCCCGCAGACCCCCCGGCUGGAGAGGGUGAACGCGCUGCGGAUCAGCCCGGGGAAGCUGCCGGAGCUGCUGAGUCGAGUGCGGGUCAUCCGGCUGCUGGGGGAGAGCCUGGACCCCCGUCUGACUGACGAGGCCGGGGAAGGGCACGACUUCCAGCCCUGCACCCACGCCCAGCCCACCUGGUGUGACCUCUGUGGGGACUUCAUCUGGGGGCUGUACAAGCAGAGCCUGCGCUGCACACACUGCGGGUUCACAUGUCACUACAGGUGUCGGGCACUGAUCCGAUUGGACUGCAGCGCGCAAAGGAACCGCUUCACUGACCAAUCAGAUCUUGCAGAGCACACCGUGGAGACAGACACCAAUGUGGACGAGCAAAAAGACCGGGAGAAGCAGGAGCUGUCUCCGAGUGAGAUUGAGCAGAAAGUGAGGGAGUACAAUGCACAGAUCAACAGCAACCUCUUCAUGGCCAUGAACAAGGACGGCUCCUACACUGGGUUUAUCAAGGUGCAGUUGAAGCUGGUGCGCCCGGUCUCCGUGCCUCCCCCGCCCCGCAAGGCGUCCUCUGCCCUGGAGGUGCGGAAAGGCACGGCUGUGAAGCGGCGCACCUCCUUCUACCUGCCCAAGGACACGGCCAAGCACCUGCACAUCAGCUCCCAGACGAAGGCGCACGAGGUCAUCGAGGCGCUGCUCAACAAGUUCACCGUGGUGGACAACCCCCGCAAGUUCGCCCUGUUCGAGCGCAGCGAGCGUGAGGACCAAGUGUACCUGAGGAAGCUGUCUGACGAGGAGCGGCCCCUUCACCUGCGUCUGUGUGCCGGCCCCAGUGAGAAGGUGCUCAGCCUGGUGCUCAAGGAGAACGAGACUGGAGACGUGAAUUGGGACGCCUUCAGUAUGCCGGAGCUACACAACUUCCUGCGCAUCCUGAAGCGCGAGGAGGAGGAGCACGUGAAGCAGCUGGUGGAGCGCUACACCCGCACACGCAUCAAGAUGCAGGAGGCCCUGACCAGCCACACCCCCGGCUGAGAUGGGACGUGCCCCAGUGCUGCCAAGAGGCCACCAGGGGGCCUCAGUCGCCUUUUCUCCAAAGAUCACAGCUGACCGAGAGAGUGGAUGGACACUGCCUGAGUGUGGGUGGUGAGGAGAGCGAAUGGAACGAACCGUGAUGUGCCUUCGACCCGGAAUGAGAGAGAGAAUGAGUUGUGCUUGUGAAAGAGAGAUUGUGAGAGACUGGCUGCGUCCAGCAAUGACUGAUUGCCUUAAUAGUCUCUUGUAUGAUUCCAGUGUGUUCAGAAAUAACGUGGGGGGAACAUGGAAAUGGGGUACUCCUUUCAUUUCUUUGGGGAGCACUCCACCCCAUCCCCACCAUCAGCACUGUGGAACCUUGUUGAAGUGUUAGAGACUGCCAAGUUAGCCACCCGGGUAUCCAAGCCCACAGUGUUCAUAGUGAAUGACUGGACUGUCUGUACAGUACACAGUGUAGGUCACAAGGCUUCUGUGUUGAGAAGCACUUUGACUGAAUCCUGUGCACUGCCCAUUUUCGCUUUGCUUUUUAUUGGAAUAGUAAUUCAAGUCUUGGUGGGUGGGAUGGGAGAUUUUACAUUAUUAUUUUUUUUUAGGCUUUUUUUAUAUAAAACAUGAAAUUUCAUAUUUGUAAUGGUUCAGUUUUUUUUUAAACAAUCCCAGAUAAUAACACAUCACAUGUCUUCAGUCCAGUACUUUUUGGAUGUGUAUUUGUUUAAUGCCUUCGUGUUACAUAUUGUAAUUGUAAUUUGAUAACAAUUGAAGGGUUUAGGGCAGUACACUGGUAACCCAUGUUUUGCAGCAUGCUAUAUCCCACACAGCAAUGACCACCCUGGAUUUUGUUUUAACGAGCCUAAGCGGCUCAGUCUUUUUCUAUUUUGUUCUUUAGAGUCUAAGUUCAGGUAGAAACCAAUAUGAAAGCUCUGUAAUCUGAGGUUCAAUUCAAAACAUGGAUGUGAAGGUGAUGACUUGCCCCUUUUUUGAGUUUCAAGUUUGAUUUUUCUCAGCAUUUAAAAAAAAAAAAAAGUUUUGGUUUGGUUCUUUUUUUUUUUCAUAUUCAAGACCGUGAACUGUUAAUCAAGAGACAACUUUGUGCCUAAAAACAGAAAUAAAAACUGAUGAGAAAGCCCCAUUGAAAUGAACUGUGUUGAUGUUGCAUGCAUCUCUGUGCCAGUUUGAAAUGUAAAGCUUCCUGUCAUUUCUGCUCUUCAAAGCGUUAUCAGUAUAACCCCAACCCCCUUCACCACACACUCGCUGUGGCUGGGAGCCAGUGCGGGCCAGUUUGACUCACAGAGGGAUGGAACUGCAUACUGGUGUGAAGAGGGUGGGGAUCAUGUUCCUGUGCUGCUGAUUCCUUUGGAGAAAGUAAAAAAGCUGGGCAGUCAACAAAGUCUGCUAAUUCUCGCCAUGGAUGGGAGAUCACCUGUGUAUAGUGCCCACUCUGCUGUAUCCCAGUGUCAAUGAUGAAUCCCUGCGGAGAGACCACUUCCAUGUAACAGACACGUUUCACUGGGAAAUAGAACAGGACA